UUGACGUUGACGCACAACAGUAGCCAAAAUGUCCUCGCCAAAAAAACGCGUCUAUUUUCGCGUAUUUCCCACAGAAACGAUCAAUUUUAAGUACAUGAAAUUAGACCAGGAAAAUAACGCGAUUUACGUGCGACAUUUGCAAGAAAUCAACACCGACACCAAAGAAGAGAACUACUGGCAAUUCCCGACUGAUGGGCUGUUCUUCAAUGCGAAACAGGAACAAGUUUAUCAGAGGGUGAUGGAGGGAGUUUUAGAAGACGUUUUAAAUGGUCAAAACGCGGUCGUUUUCGCCUUUGGCCAAUCUGGGUGUGGCAAAACGUUUAGCACCAGUGGCCUUUAUUUAUCAGAAGAGGAAUUCGGAAUUCUUCCAAGAACCGUCGCAGAUCUGUUCGCUCUAAAGCGAAAAAAGCCCCCAAACAUGAAAGUCACCAUUCAAAUGUCUUAUGUGGAAUUUUACAAUACGCAUGCGUUGGACCUGCUGGGGGACUCUCGUAAUGCGCCCAAGGACAUUGCGAAAUGCCGGGAUGUAAGGAGGGUGGCUUUAAAAGAGGAACUCGAUGCCCUAAGGUGUAUUUUUAUGGCCGAGGGUCGAAAGAACUUUAAAGAACACUGUAAAUAUUUGUCGAAUGUAGCGACCAGUGUGGCCACUUUUAUUAUUAUCAGGAAAAACAUGGAUUUGACUGAUCCAACAAAAACUUAUUCCCGGUUACACAUCGUCGAUAUGGCGGGUAACGACAGUUGCCAAAACAUCAAACAACUCUGUAAAACCCCACACGAACUGGGCAUCGCCAACACCACGAAAUCCCAACUGGAACAUUUCGCCUUAUGCCUCAGAGAGAACAUCCCCAAGAAUAUCCGGAUCAGACAACGCACCAAUGCCUUAAUGUAUUAUUUAGCAGGGGAUUUUUCUAAUCAGAGUCUUUUAAGAUUUAUUGGUCAUAUUAAAGUGGAUUCGAGUGAAUUGAAUCAUUUGAUUAUCACGCUGUCUAUGCUGCGGUUCGGAAAUAUCGUGCAGGGUCUUAAAAUGAAAAAGAAACCGGUUCAGUUUGAUGUUAAUGAAGAGGUUGAGUUGGAGUAUUUACGAGUAAGUAUAUCAUAGAAUUUUCAGUUAAAA